AUGGCUCUGCAGCUGGGGAAUAUAUUCCGCUUCUGGAUACAGUGCCACACUGCUGCUGGGGCAGCUGCUGCUGGAGCUGCUACAACACUCAAAGAUGAUAUAGACAACAUUGAAGGACUGGGAGAAGAGGAGGUGAAGACUUUCUAUGGACAGCUAGGCACAGCACACGAGCACGCCACAGUGGAGCCUAGAAGGAGACGGAGGAGGGGGGCCGAGGAGGAUGAAGCCAGAGGUUCGACACACAAGAUGGCUGCUGUGUCCUCUGCUUCUGACACUGAAUCCCGAGGGCGGCAUCCACCUGAGCGUAGACUGCUGAUUCUCGGGGGCCCUCGGUCGGGAAAAACCACCACUGCCAACUCUAUCUUAGGGGAGGAGGCCUUCGACGCUGGGGUGGAGACCACACACAGCAACGUGGGCCAGACAGAGAUCUACGGCCGACGGGUCACUGUGGUGGACACUCCUGCUUGGGCCAUUCCCAGAGAAGUGGAGGAGGAAGAAGAGGAGGACACUGAGACGGACGAAAAUGAUAACGCAGGUGCUGAGUCGGACAGCCCCAGGAGACCCCCGCCCAGCCUGGACAGCGAGGGGCCAAGUAUGGGGGCCAUCCUGUGCCCGCCGGGGCCCCAUGCCAUCCUGCUGGUAGUGUCAGUGGCCCAGCCUUUCACAGAUUUGCAUCGGAGGGCUGCGGAGGACCAACUGGGGGCUCUGGGAGGUGGAACGUGGCGCUAUUCCAUGGUGGUUUUUACCUGUGUGGACAAGCUGCCGAAGGGGGUCUUCAUAGAGGAGCAUAUAGCCAACACUGGAGAGGCCCUGCAGUGGCUGGUGGAGAGAUGUGGGAGCAGGUAUCAUGCUUUUGAUAACAUGCGUAAGAACACCGAGGACAACACACAAGUGCCAGAGCUGAUGGAGAAAGUGGAGGAGAUGGUCACAGACAACCAAGGGUGGUACUUUGAAGUGAACGAAUUGAUUUUGUUGGAAGAAGAGCAGGCCAGGAGAGCUCUGGAGGAGGAGAGGAUGAGGAUGGAGGAGCACGCUCGGCAGAGGGAGCAGAUGAUUGGAGGACCACCUCGAGAGCUGAGGCUGCUGCUGUUGGGCUGGAAAGGAGUGGGGAAGAGCUCAGUGGGGAACUCCAUCCUGGGCAGGCGGUACUUUGAGUCGGGACAGGAGACCGAGUUGUGCCUCCGCAGACAGGCCCUUGUGUUCGGACGGCGCGUGACUAUCGUAGACACCCCAGGGUGGGACUGGUUCUCUGUGAGGCGUACCCCCAAACGGAUACGUCAAGAGUCCCAGCGUGGGGCAGCCCUGCUGCGACCCGGGCCUCACACGCUGCUGCUGGUGCUGCCCGUAGUCUCAUCCCUCACGGCCCGGAAGAGGCGCACCCUGCUGUCACACAUAGACACUCUGUUUGGGGAAGGGGCCUGCCUCCACACCAUGGUACUGUUCAGCUGUGGGGACUGGCUGGGAUGCACGCCUAUAGAAGAGCACAUCCUGCGAGGAGGCCGGGAGCUGCAGCGCCUCCUGGAGUACUGUGGCAACUACUACCAUGUGCUGGACAGUAAGACACCAGGCAAGGACCGGAGUGUGGCCAUGCUACUGGAUCGAAUCGAGGAGAUGAUCAGAGAGAAUGGAGACAAGGCCUUUCUCCCCAUCCAGACAGAGUGGCUGAGCGAGGAGAGCUCCUACUCGUCGGACAACACCGAGCCAGAGGACGACUGCAGAGGGUGCCAGCUCCAGUGA